AUGCCAGGUCCCAUUCCACCCAUACCAGAUCCCAUUCCUCCCAUGCCGGGUCCCAUUCCACUCAUACCAGGUCCCAUUCCUCCCAUACCAGAUCCCAUUCCUCCCAUGCCAGACCCCAUUCCUCCCGUGCCAGACCCCAUUCCUCCCAUACCAGAUCCCAUUCCACUCAUUCCGGAUCCCAUUCCUCCCAUGCCAGCUCCCAUUCCACUCAUGCUUGACCCCAGUCCAUUCAUUCCGGAUCCCAUACCACCCAUGCUUGAGUUCGAUGACCCUUGCCCGCUUGAACUUGAUGGGCCUGCAAUUAUUAAUAAUAAAAUUUAUUUCAAUAUGCUUUUUGAACGGGAAAAAUUUCGAAAUACCAUUCCACUCAUACCAGGUCUCAUACUGGUUCCCAUUCCUCCCGUACCGGUUCCCAUUCCACCCACACCAGGCCCCAUUCCAUUUGUUCCUGAUCCCAUACCACCCAUGCCAGGUCCCAUUCCAUUCAUUCCGGAUCCCAUACCACCCAUGGCUGAGCUCGAAGAUCCUUGUCCGCUUGAACUUGUUUUCACACCAGGCCCACUUACGCCUAUGUCAGAUCUCUUUCUAUCCACGCUAGUGUCCAUAUCACACAUCCCGCCGCACAUUAGAGCUUUGUUGCCACUUGGUAGUAAAUGUAUUUGUCCCCUUGAGUGUCCUUGUUCACUAUUAGUGCUGUGGGUUUGGGCUUUCACCGAGCCCUAG